UCUCUAGGUACUGUUUUCGUCUGUAAUUCUUUUUUCUUAAAUCAAACGGAAGUCUGAACACUUCAUUGCAAUACACGUCAGAAUUUUAGGCUUUGUACAAUUGUAAUAUAGUAAUUUCUACAUUUUGUUAAGGACUGUUCAGCUGAUAUGUCUUACAGACUGUUGCUGAGCUUUCUUUUUGUCCUACUUUAAUAAUAAUACUGACAAUCAAAAGAAAGGUACCACUUUUUGACUGAGUUAAAAGAUCUAGUCGUUUAAGUCUGUAAACUUUUUAUUUUAUGAGCAAUAAUAAGUACGUUGUACAAAAAAAAGUAAGUCAUGUUAUAAAUAAAACAUUUUGGUGCUUCAAUUAGCGCUGACAGCACCAUCGCCAAAACAGGUAGCAUUUCCCCCCGCCCACGCGGCGGAUUUUUUCUAUUCUUUUGUUUCUCGUGAAGCUUAGGUCUGUGUUUAUCAAAAGCCGCAACAACAUUUGAUCAUCGUCACCAACGAAAGAUGGUAGAUUUAGUUCAACAUCAGAGAAGUCGAGGCAUCAACAUGCUCCGCGCGUUUCUGCUGUUGCCAGGACAUUCAGCGUGAGCAGAAAUCUGAGUGAUCUCUCCACUGGACGUCACACCAUGUGGUCAUGCUGUCGUGGGGUCAAAGUUCACUGUUGAACAGCCACAACUCACUACUUCAAACAAAGGAUUUUUUCUCCUCUGUGAUAACAUAUGUGCAAUUACAUUAAUUUACUUCUUCACAAUAUGUUUGGGUUAUGGGCACUGUUAAAUCUAACGUGCUGUAUUAAUGAAACGAGUAAUUAAUUAACCAGGCAUUUAUCAGGCACCUAUAUAGAUAUAUGUCUGUAACGUCCAGGAUGCAUUUAAGCAUCACUCAAAAUUUUGUUAAAACUAAAAACGUGGUUGCUGAGAAAACUUGCUUCAAAGUGUUCCCAGUUUAGUGUGUGUGAGCGAGUGUUUUAAUAGCACCUUAUCGAAUCUGAUCAGUUCUACUAGGCAGCGUUCUUGGUCCGUCGCUGGGAAACGUCGUCUCUGGAAUCACGAUCUGCUUCAUCUCCUGGGACUUCGCCUUCUACCUGUUUGGAGCUGCUGGGCUCAUAUGGGUGGGCGUCAUGAGUUUGACGGCCUACAGCCUGCCCAGCGAGUGUCCACACUUGGAAGAGCGUGAGUUGUGUCACUAUGACCCUGACCAGGCCAAAGUCCAGAGCGGGUCUGAUCAACUGGCUCGUCACAUCCCCUGGAGACGAAUCCUCCUCUCCAAGCCCGUCUGGGCCAUCUGGCUGGGCACGUUCAACAAAUACUGGGUUGUCUCCGUGAUGACCACGCUCCAGCCGCAGUUCUUCAACGACAUAUACGGACUCCGUGCCGCCGACAUCGGCUUCCUUUUGUCUGCUCAACCUCUGGUGAACAGUGUGUUCGUCAUGCUGGGGGGCAUCCUCGCUGAUAAACUGAUGUAUGACAAGAUUUUGUCUGCAACCGGAACUCGGAAAAUGUUGCAAGCUCUAGGCGGGUACCUCGAGGGUCUCUCUUUGAUAGCAGUAGCAUUUACCUCAGAUUGGAGAUACAGCUAUGCUUUCUUUCUCUCAGCUUACGCUUUUGGGGGUCUUUCUGUAAACGGGUAUAAAGUGAAUCGAGUGGACUUGUCUUCUCAGUACGCCAACAUCGUGGCUGGUAUUUCACUGACUGGGUCAUCCGGGGGAGCAGUGAGUACUCUUAUAGCUUCUAUGAUAUUGGGAGAUCGGUCAAUUUCAAGCUGGAGAACCAUAGUCAUCGUUGCAGGGUCAAUGUCGUUCGCUUGUAGUACUGCGUACAUGUUCAUGGGGUCGGGGGAACGACAAGCUUGGGACAUUGAGCGCCCUCCCAGCAAAUCUGUCAAAGACAAAGGCAAGAGCGGGGACCACAAAACAGACAAGGAUGAGGACUUUUCUGUGAAAAAUUGCCUCUUGGAAGAAUCAGAUUUGAGCGACAGCAGUUCAGAGUAGUAAUCUAGUCGUAAAGACCAACCAGGCAGACAGGAAAUGACAGUCUGAAAAAGAGAACAUUUCAGCUCCACUCAGGUUGGAACGUCAAAUCUUGGAGUCGUGGCCCGUCUUCUACCUACCCACGCCACCGACACCGACGUUGUAGAAUAAGCUACUCAUGAGCUGUUGUUCCCGAGCUGAAAAGGCUUCAAUACAGAACACAAAAUUGCUCAGUGAAUAAGCUGGGUUUCAAAGCAGAUACAGUGUAACUCGGAAAUAAUGAAGUCAUCGGGCCCUACCUUCAAUUUGGUUAAAUUCGAGUGUUCGUUAUAACAAUGUGAACAAUAAGUUUCCGUUUUUUUACCUCUAGACAUACGCGGUAAAAACCACACGUGUACUGGUAGCCCAUUCGACCACAUACUAGCCCAUAACACGCCCAUAACGGACGUGUCAUAAACACACGCGUUGGUGUGAUACAAGAUUUCUGAUUCGUCACAUAAGAUGUGCACAUUCUAAGCGUGCAGGUGCGAUCGAUGGUCCCUAGGAAUGAAGUAGAUAAAUGUAAGCUUCGAGCGAGAGAAAAAUGCGUAAAGCCACGUCAGCGCAGGCUGUUCUAUCUGCAAGCGACUUCGGUAAAUCUCAGUGUGUCAUUAAUGUCUUCGUUGAAUCUAGGUUAUUUAGCUAACUUCAAUAAAAACUUGGAAUAUCUGUCUCCUUUGUUGAGUCCGAGUUUUAGAUUAAUCCAAGUUCGUUGUACCCGAGUUUCACUGUAUACUGCAGAGAUUUUUUAAAAGGGUGUUUACGCGCCCACCGACACAAAUAAUUAAAUCAUUUACGAGACGGGCUUCGACUGAGCCUGUCAGGACUAACCCUAGCUGAGAAGAAUAAAUGUACAACGUUCCAGGAAAGACCGAGAUACUCAAUAAAAAUUCUUUCCACGCGGGAAUCAAACUCCGGUCUUCUGUGUGCAGCGGCAAAGCGUCUAACCACUGCACCACAGAUGUUGGUAAUAGAAUAUACAGAGUACAGCUAUUAUUUUGGAAGAUACAUCACAAUGUCAAACAAGCCAGUUGUAGUUUUAGCAUGUGUGGCAUCAUGAUGAAAUCAGGCGCUCGUCAAAAUAAUGAAAUCAAAGAAAUCGACAUUUUCUCGCCCGUUGGGCAAUUUUUUAAUUGAUUUUUUCCUCCUAUGUUUGGCUCAGCACUUUUAUGGCCAUUAAAAAAAAAACCACACUGUAAAAACGGUGAUCAUGUUCACUAAAAAUAA